GGGCGGCCAUACCCGGUCAGGGCCCUGUCGCCGACCCAGCAGGCCCUUCUCGAGAAGUUCAUCUCCUUCGGCCUCAUUUAUCAGGACGACCGUCAUUCGCGCCAUUUUUAUCCGACUGCGGUGGCGGUGAAUUUGAUUUUUGGCGGCACGGUCCAGGAAGAGCGCCUGCGUCGCGGCCACGGGCAUGUCGGACCCGAGGGUCGGGAGAAUACGAAGGAGCUCCGCCUGGUGGAUCCCUCCCAACUCGCCGUCAUCGUUGAGACCAACUACCAGCUCGUUGCCUACACCUCCUCCUCUUUGCACGUGGAGAUGCUGCGGAUUUUUACGGACGUUCGCUGCCGCCUUCCCAACGUUGUGAUUGGCUUUAUCACCCGUGCCAGUGUCCGCCGCGCCAUGGCUUCCGGCAUCACCGCCGCCACCAUCCUCUCCUUCUUGAAGACCCACACCCACGUGGCGGUCCGUGCGGGAAAAGGCAGGCUUCUCCCCGAGAACGUGGAGGCGCAGAUCGAGCUCUGGCACCAGGAGCGAAGCCGGGUGAAAUUUGAGGAGGUGAUGAUGAUCGAUUUGUCCAGUUUAAUGGUGGAGGAGUUCGAGGAGGUACGGACGUAUGCAGAGAACCUGGCGGUCGUGUGUUGGGC